UAAGGCCUGGACUCAUAUAUACACAUACACAUCAGCCACACAAAGAAGGAAUGGACAGAGGGACCAAUUCAAUGUCUGAACAUACGAAUAUGGCUGAGGACAAAAGCCUUGAGACGGGUGGCAAUGCUGAGAAAAAGAAAAAGAAGCCAAAGAAGGACAAGGGUCAAUCAUGGGCUAAGAAGGGACCGUCGGACCCCUUUGCAAUGUUGGAUGCUCUCCCUGAAACGAAGCAGCAGGAGAUUCAGAAAGCACUGCACCUCUUCUCCCUGGGCCAGGGUCCACCCAAGAGCCUGAUGGAAGCCCACAAGCACAACUUCCGUUUUUGGAACAGCCAGCCAGUCAUUAAGAUAGGAGAAGAAGUGACGUCACAUGGACCCAUACAGUCAGAGAAACUAAACAUUCGACAGGAGUGCUAUUCUCUCCCUGAUGGCUUCUACUGGGACAUGCUGGACUUAGACAACACAGAGCAGCUGGGGGAGCUGUGCACGCUGCUUAAUGAAAACUACACACAAGAGGAUGACAACACACUUCGCUUGCACUACGCCCCUGAGUUCCUGCUCUGGGCUCUGUGUCCCCCUGGGUGGCAGCCUGAGUGGCAUUGUGGAGUGAGGGUGAACUCUAACAAAAAGCUUGUGGGCUUUGUUUGUGCUGUUCCUGCCACGGUUAAAAUAUACAACAUAGACAAGAUGAUGGUGGAGGUAAACUUUCUGUGUGUGCAUAAGAAGCUGCGCUCCAAGCGCAUGGCUCCGGUCCUUAUUCGUGAGAUCACCAGGCGGGUCCAACAGAAGGGGUUAUAUCAGGCCAUCUACAGUGCCAGUGUUGUUCUACCAACACCUGUGGCAAGCUGCAGGUACUGGCAACGAUCCCUGAACCUACCUAAGCUGAUUGAGUUAAAUAUCUCAUCUCUUCCACGCAACAUGACCCUGCAGCGUGCACUUAAGCUGAACCGACUUCCAGAGAUGACCGAGACUGCUGGCCUACGCCUUAUGACUUUGACUGAUGUCCCCAAAGUUCAGGAUCUUCUCAGAGAGUAUCUAAAAGACUUCCAUCUUCUACCCAUAUUAAACAAUGAAGAGACUCACCAUUGGUUCCUACCCAGAGAUGGUAUUAUUGAUACUUACGUAGUUGAGGGUUUAGGUGGUGUUAUAACUGAUAUGGUUAGUUUCUAUACCAUGUCUUCGACCGUUUUGAACCACAUUACUCAUCGAAGCCUGAAGGCAGCAUACGCUCUUUACACAGUCAGCACUGCUACUCCAUUACAGCAGCUCAUGAAGGACAUCCUCAUCAUCGCAAAAGCAAGAGGAUUUGACAUGUUCGUUGCCCUGGAUGUGAUGAGAAAUAAGUCAUUUCUCGAACCCCUGAAGUUUACACAAGGAGACAACUCUAUGCAUUAUUACUACUUUUACAACUGGACAUGCCCUACAAUAACCCCUGAGAAGGUUGGCCUGGUGCUCAAGUAACAUCUGCAGAGUUAGCAGAGGAGAGAUGGUACCACUGAAUGCUUUUGCUUCUGUAAUGACCAAUAAACUAAUUGUCUCUAAUUAUAUCAAGACACAUGUAUGCAUGAUAUUUAAGUCAGGAAACUUUUUUAUUAUAUAAUAAACAAUUAAAUUAGAAUUAAACAUAACUGUUGCCUCUUACAGUAGUUUAAUUGCUAAUAUGUCAAUACAGGGAAACUAUGUAUUAUGAGUAUCACAAUUAUGCAACAGUUGUAAGAGUAAUAUUUGAACGGUUGCCACAGUGGACCAUUCGAUCCGCACAUAACUUGGCACAGGUUUUAGGCCUGAUGCCUUUCCUCACGCAGGAAAUCUAACUCAUUCCCAUAUGAAUUCGUAUAUCAUAUAUUGUCUGGUAUUUUUUUUUAUUAUUAUUCUACGCACACAGUUUUAAUCAGUAGCACCCUACAUGAGUGUACUAAUUUUUUUAUUCAUUACACAGGUACAGUAAACCACAGCUUAUAAAAUGUGUAAUACCUCAAGACUAACAGUAGAGGGAAGUAGAGGUCAUAGGGUUUUACAGAAAACGUACCUCUGUGCUUUCUUAACAAAAUGAAUUAUACAAGGACAUGGGCGUUCUACUGUUCACACCUUAUGAACAUUAUUAUUAAUUAAUAAAUAAAUUAAUUGUUA